GCCUGGGCUGCGCCGCGCUCCGCAACGUGUCCGGCGCACAGUACGUGGGCUCAGGCUACACCAAGGCCGUGUACCGGGUCCGCCUGCCGGGCGGCGCCGCGGUGGCGCUCAAGGCGGUGGACUUCAGCGGCCACGAUCUGGGCAGCUGCGUGCGCGAGUUCGGGGCUCGGAGGGGCUGCUACCGGCUGGCGGCCCACAAGCUGCUCAAGGAGAUGGUGCUGCUGGAGCGGCUGCGGCACCCCAACGUGUUGCAGCUCUAUGGCUACUGCUACCAGGACAGCGAGGACAUCCCGGACACCCUGACCACCAUCACAGAGCUGGGUGCCCCUGUGGAGAUGAUCCAGCUCCUGCAGACUUCCUGGGAGGACCGCUUCCGAAUCUGCCUGAGCCUGGGCCGGCUCCUUCACCACCUGGCCCACUCCCCACUGGGCUCGGUCACUCUGCUGGACUUCCGCCCCCGACAGUUCGUGCUGGUGGAUGGAGAGCUGAAGGUGACAGAUCUGGACGACGCACGCGUGGAGGAGACGCCGUGUGCAAGCAGUGCUGACUGCAUCCUGGAGUUUCCGGCCAGGAACUUCAGCCUGCCCUGCUCGGCCCAGGGCUGGUGUGAGGGCAUGAAUGAGAAGCGCAACCUCUACAAUGCCUACAGGUUUUUCUUCACAUACCUCCUGCCCCACAGUGCCCCACCCGCACUGCGGCCUCUGCUGGACAGCAUUGUCAACGCCACGGGAGAGCUCAGCUGGGGAGUAGACGAGACUCUGGCCCGGCUGGAGAGAGUGCUGCACCUGUUCCGGAGCGGGCAGUAUCUGCAGAACAGCUCAGCAGGCAGCAGAGCCGAGUACCAGCGCCUCCCAGACAGCGCCAUCCCCCAGGAAGACUACCGCUGCUGGCCCUCCUACCACCACGGGAGCUGCCUCCUCUCGGUGUUCAACCUGGCUGAGGCCGUGGACAUCUGCGAGAGCCAUGCCCAGUGCCAGGCCUUUGUGGUCACCAACCAGACCACCUGGACAGGUCGGCAGCUGGUAUUUUUCAAGACAGGAUGGAGCCACGUGGUCCCUGAUCCCAACAAGACGACAUAUGUGAGGGCCUUGGGCUGACCUCUCGGGGGGCUCAGCUGACAGCGGACCAGCCCCGCCAGCUGGGCUCGCCGGUGGAGGGAGGGAGGGAUGGACUUGCACUAGCAACACUGCAUGUCACCUGGAAACCCCUGCAGACGAGGCUGACAUCCCAGACGGUGAGGUGACCAGGACAACGUGCAAUAAUGCCAAAUGUUAAAAUGUGAGUUUACCGGUCUAGGUAUGGGACUGCUGGCCCCGGGGCCAGGAAUCACGGGAGCGGGGCAGGGGGGCGGACUGCCUUCCCAAGCCUCUGGGCAGCCAGCAAGGCUCAGGCUGGUAUCCCCUGGGGGGGCUCUGGCCCUCGCUGGGACAGUUCUGUGGGCAGCCCCAUCACUGUGUUCAUGGUGUAAGAAUGUAGCCAGAGCCCCUGCUGCUGCUGCUGCAUGUCACCAUCUGGUGGGGGCUGCGUGGGGACAAUCAGUCACGGAGUGUUCUCUCAGCUCAACUCCGGACAGAAGACUUGACGGGGAUGCUCUGGGAUGUGGGGGAUUCUGUACCCGGGGAGGCCACCUCUGGCCACCCAACCGGGGGCACCCACAGGCCAGCGCAGAGGCAGGGACAGAGGAGCCCACAAGGUAUGAGCCAAGACAUGGGGUCAAGGAGCAGGUUGCAGUUUGAGCCAGGACCUGGGGUGGGGGUGGGGCCGGGGUCUUUCUGCCUCAUUUGCUUUCAGUGAAAGCCGCAAAGCAGCCAAAACCAGCCUCUCCCCCCUCCUGGAGUUUGUAUAUCCAGAAGCUUUUGUACUUCUUGUUCAUUAAAAUGUUUAUUUUUGUAAAAAAAAAAAAAAAAAAGUCAAU